GAGCCCUUUGUGGCAGAUGAGUACAUUGAACGCUUGGCAUGGAGGACUCCUGGUGGAGGUUCCCGAGGUGGCAUGGAAGCUUUUGAUCCCAAAAGAUUGCAAGAAGAAUUUGUGAAUCAUAUCAAUGAACUGAAGUUGCUAGAUGAACGAAUCCAAAGGAGGGUGGAAAAAUUGGAGCAACAAGUCCAAAGGGAAGCUAAGGAGUUUGCCAAGAAAGUUCAAGAGCUGCAGAAAAGCAAUCAGGUUGCCUUCCAGCAUUUCCAAGAACUAGAUGAGCAUGUCAGCUAUGUGGCAACUAAAGUCUGUCACCUAGGUGACCUGCUGGAGGGGGUAAAUACACCAAGGCAACGGCUAGUAGAGGCUCACAAACUGAUGAAAUACUUUAAUGAGUUUCUAGAUGGAGAGCUGAAGUCUGACGUUUUCACCAAUCCUGAAAAGAUUGAAGAGGCAGCUGAUAUUAUCCAGAAACUGCAUCUGAUAGCACAGGAAUUACCUUUUGACAGGUUUUCUGAAGUAAAAUCUAAAAUAGCAAGUAAGUACCAUGAUUUAGAGUGCCAACUAAUCCAAGAGUUUACCAAUGCACAAAGAAGGGGGCAAAUCUACAGGAUGAGAGAAGUAACUGCAGUUUUGCUUCACUUUAAGGGCUAUUCCCACUGUGUUGAUGUGUAUAUAAAACAGUGCCAAGAGGGUGCCUAUUUGAGAAGUGAUAUUUUUGAAGAUACAGCCAUUCUGUGCCAGAAUGUGAACAAACAAGUUGGAGAUGUAUUUAGUAGUCCAGAGACUGUAAUGGCCAAACUUAUUCAGAAUAUCUUUGAAAUCAGGCUUCAGAGUUAUAUAAAAGACCAGUUAGAAGAACAUAAGAAAUCAGAUGCAGAACAAUAUCUUCAGAGUCUCUAUGAACUGUACACAAGGACUACUAAUCUUUCAAGCAAAUUGAUGGAGUUUAACUUGGGCACUGAUAAGCAGACUUUCCUGUCUAAGCUUAUCAAAUCCAUCUUUGUUUCCUACUUGGAGAAUUACAUUGAGGUGGAAAUUGGUUAUUUGAGAAGCAGGAGCUCCAUGAUUUUGCAGCGCUAUUAUGAUUCCAAAAACCACCAGAAGAGAGCUAUUGGAAGUGGAGGCAUUCAAGACCUCAAAGAGAGAAUACGACAGCGGACCAACCUGCCUUUGGGCCCAAGCAUUGAUACCCAUGGUGAAACUUUCUUGUCCCAGGAUGUUGUGGUUAAUUUAUUACAAGAAACUAAGCAAGCUUUUGAAAGGUGUCAUAGGCUUUCUGAUCCUUCUGAUUUGCCAAAGAAUGCUUUCAGGAUUUUCUCUUUGCUUGUGGAUUUCUUGUGUAUUGAGCACAUUGAUUAUGCUGUGGAAACAGGGCUGGCUGGUAUUCCUUCUCCAGAUGCCAAGAAUGCAAAUCUUUAUUUCCUGGAUAUUGUAAACCAGGCUAAUACCAUUUUUCAUCUUUUUGAUAAGCAGUUCAAUGACCAUCUGAUGCCAUUGGUGAGCUCUUCUCCUAAGCUUUCUGAAUGUCUUCAGAAGAAAAAGGAUAUCACGGAACAAAUGGAGGUGAAAUUGGAUAUGGGCAUAGAUAGGACACUGAAUUGCAUGAUUGGGCAGAUGAAGCACAUCUUGGCAGCUGAACAAAAGAAGACUGAUUUCAAACCAGAAGAUGAGAACAACGUUCUGAUUCAGUACACUAACGCAUGUGCCAAAGUCUGUGCCUAUGUUAGAAAGCAAGUGGAAAAGAUCAGGAAUUCUAUGGAUGGCAAGAAUGUGGAUAGUGUUCUGAUGGAGUUUGGUGUCCGUUUCCAUCGCCUCAUUUAUGAGCAUCUUCAGCAAUAUUCCUAUAGCUGCAUGGGUGGCAUGUCGGCAAUCUGUGAUGUGGCUGAAUAUAGAAAGUGUGCCAAAGAGUUCAAGGUUGCGUUGGUAUUGCAGCUUUUUGACACGCUCCAUUCCCUUUGCAACCUCCUUGUUGUAGCCCCAGAUAACUUGAAGCAGGUCUGCUCAGGAGAGCAGCUGGCUAUUCUAGAGAAGAAUAUUCUCCAUUCCUUUGUACAGCUCCGCUUUGACUACAGAUCUGCUCGUCUUGGUCGCCACUUCAGCUGAACAUGCAGAAGAAGCAAACCAAGCAUUUACAAGGACUUAGUUUAUCAGGCAGCACAUGAUGGUGGCUUUUGAGUGAAAAUUAGGGUGUGGAAGUUGCUCAGACAAACUGUCAUAACUAAAUUGGUCUUUUCCACUGUCCUGUUUUCAUCUUGCUUCUGGAAUAAAUAAUCUUAUCAGGUUCCUCCUAAACCACUUUCUGUUUUCUAUUCAUGAGAAAAACAUGGUUGUCAGAAAGUACACAGUGCACUAGAGCCUUCUAACUUCUGUUCUGGAUGGAAAAAACAGUACUUUGAUUUUUCAGCAUUUGUGAAAUGGUAUGUGUUAUCUAGCUUUCCAGUUCUGGAUGUUCCUUUUCCUCAGAGCUUAGAAUGAUAGUUCCUCAGAGAUAGCAUACAGAUAUAUGCUUGAUCAGACAUGUCUUCAGGAAGCAACUGGAGUGUAGGGUGGGUGACAUCAGCCAAGGUUACUCUUUUGCUGAUAGGAUUCCUGUGCAAGUUGGGCAGAAACUCAACAGUCAUACCAUGUCACAACACUUAGAUGUUGUAGGGUGGGGAAAUUGUCCCAUGCUCAUGGUGUGAUAUGAAGAUGUUAAAAAGAAAAUGACAAAGCAGUACAGAAUGAAAAGAGGCUAAUAUUGCAGAAAUUAUAUUCAUUUUUAUUUGUAUGAGUGACUUGCCUCUCUUGAAAUGGAUGAUGUAUAGAAUAGCUGUAUGGUUCAUUCCAUUGCCUCAUUUUUAAGAAGCUUGGAGGUGGGCAUAGCUGAUUUUGUGAGAGACAAGAGAACCCAGGAUCUUUUAAGUACAAUUCAGUUUACAUCAAUGUAGUAUCUAAUUUAAUUUUCAGAGUAUUAUUUAAUGUGUAUAAUUGACCAAAUAUACCUGGGGCAACAUGAAUUCAUUCAUGAAAUUAAUUACUGUAUAUACUUACAGAUAAGCCAAGAAUAUUAGGUGUCAAAACACACCCCAAAAAUGGGGUUUGGCUUACCCAUGGAUGGGCUUAUUCGCUAGUAUAUACGGUAGGUUUUUCCCUCUGCUUUUUAAAAGUACCUGUAUAUCUCAUGUAUACUUGCAUAUAAGCCCAUCCACGGCUAAGCAGAGCCUCAAAUUUAUAACAAAAAUACCAUGAAAAAUGUGGAUUGGCUUAUCUGCAGAUGGGCUUAUAUGUAAAUAUAUGCAGUAUACAUUUUUUUCCUAUCCAUAAGUAUACUUUCAGUGCUGUAGAAUCAGAUGUACACAAAGUUUGAGAUAAAACAAUUGCCUUGAAAUGUGUCCAACCCCCUCUCCCCAGUUUAGCUGUGUAAUUUUUCCUUUGUUCUGUAACAAAAUGGCAAAGUAACCAAUGGAAAUAGCUAUAGGUGCAUCAUUAUUGUUGUACAUGAAAAAUUUGCCAAGAAAUACCAUUCUGAGUUCUUGGUAAUUCUAAAUUAGACUUAGAUUCCUUUGCCAUUUUGUGGUGGGUGGAUGAAUGGGCAGUUGUGGAGCAGGAAAAGUCUGGAUUUCCUUGUUACUGAAGUACAAUAAACCAAACAGUUGUAGAGAGAGAGGCAAGAGUGAAUCAAAUAAAAUCAUAGAGUUUAUGCGUAA